AUGAAGGCCACUUGCGAGACCGUGACCUGCCUUGAGAGGUUCAGGUAUUGGUGCGAGGAGAGCAAGAAGGGCUUUGGCUCCAACAAUAAUAACGUGGCGGCCGCGAACUCUCCGAAGGACAUGCUCGUUUCCGAGUGCUCCCAGUGCACUGGCGCCGACAACACGGACAUUUGCCCAACGAAGCUUCGUUUGUACGACGCCGCUCCGGAGGCGGGGCCGACUUCGGAGCUCGACAAGACAUCCGUUGCGGUGUCAGUGCCGCUCGGAUUGGCGUCCGCACUUGUCGCUCUGGGUGCGCUCGUCGGUGUCUCCCGCAGCCGCGCAUCCAACCAGCCAGUGCGCGUGGAGGACGCGCAAGACUUGCUGCGCGAAUGA